AUGCCGACGCCAGUCGUCGCCUCGUUUGUCGAGCUUGCCUCGGAUCCAUCGUCGGGCCAUGCGCUGCCAGAAGACCAGCGCCGGUAUUUGCGCCUCGUCGACGCCCGCGGCUGGCACUACUCGAUCGUGUGCAUCCUCGUGCUCGACUUUGUCGCCAACUGCCUUGGCGUUGCAGCCACGUCGACCGAAACAUACGCGGACGGAAGUCUGUACUUGCGACUCGCGUCGUCGGCCUGUCUGCUCGUGCAGGCCGUCGACCUCGCGCUGCGGACCAUGGGCCUGCGACGCAAGCUCGUCGCAUCGCGAGCGAACCUCGUCGAUGCAAUCGCGUUUCUGCUGCUCUGCGCCUGUCUCGCCUGCCGAUUCGUCUUUGCCGACAAGAUCCAAGGCGCUGCGAUCACAACGGACGGCUACGUCGACAAGUGGCACAUCUUUAAAAAAUACAAGCUGCAGCUGUACGAAGCCGACAUCGCGCUCGCGUACUGCUUCCUCGUUGUCUUGCGCAUCCUUGUCAAGCCACCGGCGCGAACGUACUCGAAGAAGCUGCAUCGCUCGGCCAAGCCGGACCGCGUCUCGAUCGCGUCGCUGCGGGGUUCGAUCCGCCAGCUACCAUCCAUUUCCGCGGCGUCGGUCGAGAAGAUGGAGACGGAGCUGCGCAUUCUAUGUGGCGCCGACGACGGCUACAUGCUCCCCGAAGCCUUCAUGACCUUUGUGGAGCGGGCGUAUGCGUUCCGGCCCAACAAGAUGACGGCCAGUGCGUUCUUGUCGCAUUUUCAGCAAGUCCAGCUCGCCGAUCAUGCAGCGUACGGCAUCCGCGAGGUCAUGGCGUCCACGCUCAAGCACUGGAGCAACCAGCGCUGGUUCCUGCUCGCGACGAUGCUUGUCGUGUGCGUCUCGGCGGCGAUUGUGCCACUGCUCUCGUUCUACCUCAAGCUACUGACGGACGAAGCAUUCCCGUCGUACGUCAACAAGACCAUCGUGCCCGACUGGGACUAUAGCACGGGGAUGCUCACGGGCACGCAAAAGCUUGGCGUGUCGCGCAAAUUCAAAAAUUUGACGCGCGGCGCCAACAACGAAGAAGUCGAUCUCAAGUUUAUCGCGUACGAUUCAUUUCUGACGGGUAUCAUUGGUAUUUUGGCGAUCUGCGUCCCCUUUAUCGCUGCCGACUAUGCCAUGGGUUUUUUCCAGUCCAAACUCAUUUCGCGCGCGACCAAGCACCUCCAAACGUCAUUGCUGCGCGUCAUUUUGCAGCAGCCAUCGAGUUUCUUCCACGACCGGUCCGAAGGCGACCUCAACAACCUCUUCCAAGCUGACAUUGCGCGCGUCAACGCCAUGUGGCAAGCCGUGUUUUGGGGCGAGUACGCGUGCAUUGUGGGUCCGAGUGGCUGCGGCAAGAGCACGCUCCUCGGCUGCCUCAUGCAGUUUUACCCGAUCUCGGCCGGCACGCUGCGCCUCGACUCGUACGACACGCAACACUACUCAAAGGCGAGUCUCGCCGACCAGACCGCGGUCGUGUUUCAAGACGGCGGUGUUCUCAACGGCUCGAUCCUCGACAACAUUGCGUAUGGCCGGGACGGCGCGACCCGUGCAAUGUGCUUGGAAGCCGCCAAGCUGGCCGAGUGCCACGUCUUUGUGGACGGUCUCAAGGACGGCUACGACACGAUCAUUGGGCAGCACGCGGUCGUCAACCUCAGUGGCGGCCAGAUCCAGCGCAUUUGUCUGGCCCGCGCGCUCGUGCGGCAGCCGAGUCUGCUCUUGCUCGACGAAGCCACGAGUGCGCUGGACCCGGAGACCGAAGCCAGCAUUGUGCAGACGCUCGAGAAGCUCGUGCGCUCGCUGCAUAUGACGAUUAUCUCGGUCACGCAUCGCAUUGCGACGACGCAGCACGCGGACGCGAUCUUUGUCAUGCAGAACGGCGAGAUUGUCGAGCAGGGCACGUACAACGAGGUAACGUUGCGUGUUUCUAGUCUGUACAAGGGUUUAGGGUUCAUUCGUGUAGCUGCUCUUCAAGCCCAACUCAGUGUUUGGAGAGCUCGCCAACUCGCGGCAGUCGCCGACGAACCGGUCGAUUCGGUUUGGUUCGCGUGCGAUGAGUAGUAAAGACGACGUGUCGACGUCAGCCGCGCUUUUGCGUCUGACGCGCAACCUCGACAACCGCAGUCAACUCGAAGAGCGGGCUCGGUCGCGAUCGCGCUCGGCCGUGAGCCGGAACCGGUCGCAGAACGGCAGUACGCUCCGCAACACAAACCUCGAGACCACGGAUCGGUUGAGUGAAACCAGCCGCACGGGCUUUCUGGUCUUGUAAAAACAUCGGUCGACGUUCCUGUAGACAAUUUUGUGCAACAAUAGCGUUGGUUGUCGCGUUUAUUUGGCCAAGAGUCGCAUCAAAAUGGGACUACAAUGCGACCAUUGUCCGGAUAACUAGUGCGGCUACUUGAUGUAUUCUCAUACUUGAUAAUUUGUUGCUACUUGAUAAUAAGCCAGCCUAUCGGUCGACA